UGUGAACGGAAGGGGGCAGAGAUGGAAUGGACGCCAGCUUGGCGGCUGAGGAGGCUUUACGUCUGCUUCUUUUCGCUGCUGGGGCCAUUCCUGAGCUUUGCAAAGGCAUUCCAAAGCCCCCAUGAACGGCAUGUUCUCAGCCGCCGCCAGCUCGCGAAGUGUGGUACGCUGGCCAGCGUCGUGUCGACGCCGGCCAUGGGCUCUGAUCGCCUCAUCCUGUCGAGGGCUUCUCCUUCCGCGGGGUGGCGGACAGCGGGAGCCCCUUCCUGCUGGUGGCCGCCUGCGUCGGCGCGCGCCUGGCCGCGAAGCGCUGCACGGUGCCCUGAACCUCGCCGAUCCAAAGGGCGCAGCCCGCCCAAAACGGAGGAGUACUGCGACCGCUACGGCUGCAGCAGGACUCACGUCGGACGCCCAUCCGGGCUGGAUGACAACGUGGUGAGCUUUGCCGGCGCCUACGCCCGAGCCAUCUGGCGCAAAGGCAACGUGCAGCUCGGAGGCCAGUCCUUUGGUGACGUGACCUUCGGCGUGCUGGGGGAAACCCAAAGCUUCGGCGGCAACGCGGGCGGCCCCAACUUUGGGCUGAUCAAAACGGCUGCGACGCAAGACGCGGAGAUCCGCCCCACCUUCCUGGGGCAAACGCCCUUCAGCAGCUUGGCCUUCGACUUCAGGGACUUGGCCCGGCCAGUGCUGGAGCUCGCUGAGGCCGACAGGUCGAUAGCUUCGAGCCACGUGGGGCUGAUCGACUUGCGGAGCUUUGGCGCGGGGGUGGAGUACUACGCCGUGGAGCUGAGGGCUUUGUUGGUGGAUGGGGUGGACAUCUUGCCGGACGCCAAAGGCGUGGUGGGGAUCCUGGACACCGGCACCACGGGCCUGGCGCUGCCCAGGGACUUGUUUGUGGCCUUCGAUGCGGUGAAACGGGCGACGGCGCAGCAGGUUGGCAUCAGGGCUGCCGGCAAUGUGGAGGCACGCAUAGGCUCUGACGUAACGCUCCACCUGCGGCGUGGCCGCGUCGAGGGCCUGGGCGGUGUUUCCGUGGAUGUGGUGACGCCUUUGGAGGAGGAUGCCGGCAGCGUCUUCCUGCGCGCGGAGAUGGCAGACGCGCGGAGAGGCCAACCGACAGAGAGACCCUUGGUGGUCUUCUUGGGGCUGGCGUUCCUGCUGGGUCUGCGCGUGGAGAUCGACACAGUGAAGAAGCACGCAGCCUUCCUCACGUGACUGCCCCCG